AUGUCAUACUUUGGCUAUUGGAGGAGGAAAGUACCUUUUUGGGUCUACCGAUCCGAGAUCAAGCAAGGGAGAUCUGUUGAUCUCGUUCGUAUUCUUGAGGUGCCUUAGCGGGGACACCUAGGACACCGGCUAAGGUGGUUUGUAUAUAUAUCCUCCUCUUUUCUCGUUCUCUGUGGCAAUUGCGGUUUCGAUUUCGAACACAUUACUCGUUAUCUUUCCAAUCUACGAAGACGAUACAAUCAAGAUGCAUUUCUUCAAAGUUCUACCAGUGGUCUUCGCUGUCGUCACGGGGGUCUCCUCAUUGGCUCUUGAACAUGAAGUUCCUGAGGGAACCGCUAUGGUUUUCAAGAGGGAGUCGGAGGUUUUGGAGGUGCUGCAAGGACGACAAUGCAUGGCGGUAGGUCCAAGCUCCCAAGCGAGACUUGGAGGUGUCUGUAUGAGGAUGUGGAAAGAAUGAAAGCUCAUGAUUUUGAUAGUGUAGCGAAUGUGCUUCUUGUGUGGAGAGGUGCCCUUGGGUGAAGUGCUCCACGAAUUGCUCGGUCUGCGGAUGUGGGGUACGUUAAUCUUUUUCUUGCGUUGGCGAUGGUGUGGAUUCCGGAAAGAGUACUACUGACUGUGUUUUUUUCUUGUAGGCUGUUUGUCUUUGUGCUGCUGGUGGAUCUUGUCCUUGAAAUUGGUCGUAAUGAUGGCGUCACUUUGAACAGAGUGAGGCAGAUC